GGGGCGGAGUUUAACAGAGUUACAGAAUCAUCAGGAGAUGUCUCCAGUGGAUUUGCUGGAAAGUGAGAUCCACCCUGAGCAGCUCGUCUGUGUGAUGCUGAUAAAGAGCUGCGUCCUCAUUCCUGUCUCUCACCGGGUGUAGGAACGCUCGUGUCCCCUACACUAGGUAGUGCAUUCGUCUAGGGAGCGAGGAGGGAGUCGGGAUCGAACCCACGUGACUUUGGAGCUAUAAACUGAGGAGGCGCAGCACUGGUGAAGUUACCUGAGGUGAAGUGGAACUGGAGGUGUGUGUAAUCGGUGAGGGAAACAUGGCUCAGGUGUGUGAUCAACCCGGUCAGUUGUGCGGUGGAACAGGUCACGUGAAGCGCUCUAACAAAGAGGUGCAGAAGAUCUGCGAUGAGGUGAAACUGCAGGUGGAAGAGAAAGCUGGGAAAAAGUUCGAUGUGUUCAAAGCCACAGCUUUCAGCACUCAGAGUGUAGCAGGAACAAAUUACUUCAUUAAGGUGCAGGUUGGAGAGAAAGACUACAUUCACCUGCGUGUCUUCAGGUCUCUCCCCAGUGAUGGAUAUAAAGUCUCACUGCAUGAUAUCCAGACCUCAAAAACUAGCCAAGACCCUAUCGAAUACUUCUGACACACACACACACACACACACACACACACACUGUUGUGUUUAAACAAAAUAAAAUGUCUAAACCUGAA